ACAAAGAAAGGGAAUCAGAUCAUUUCUUCCUUCUAACUCCACCUACACACACACGUCACAACCACAUCCCGAACCAACAAUGAAUCCUGCAAGACGGAUACAAAAAGAAAUCACUGAUAUACAAAAUGACAAAGAUUCAGGAUUGACAAUCACAAUUAUAGAUGAAAAUAUUCGUCAUUUGAUCGGUACAUUUCCCGGCCCAGAAGGAAGUCCAUAUCAAGGAGGUUCAUUCAAAGUGGAUAUCGAAGUAGUUGAAGGAUAUCCAUUUCAACCACUCAAGAUGAAAUUCAUCACAAAAGUAUAUCAUCCAAACAUUUCAAGUGCUUCAGGUGCAAUUUGUUUGGAUAUUCUAACGCCAAAAGCUUGGACGCCAGUUUUAACCUUACGAUCCACUUUGGUUUCUUUGCGUUCUCUUCUUUGUUCACCCGAACCGGAUGAUCCACAAGAUGCAGAAGUUGCAUCGCAUUACAAAGCUGAUAAGAAAGGUUUUGAGGAAACGGCAAAGUUUUGGACAGAUUGUUAUGCAAAACAAGACGUUUCCAAUGUUGAAACUACAAAAGUUGGUCAGAACGGUCCUGCAGGAGCAGUGCAAGAUGACCCAAUUCAACGUGCAGGAUUACGCAGAGAAGAUGUGAUCAAAUUCACUGGAAUGGGUUUCGAACAGGAUAAAGUAAUCGAAGUUCUUUCAAGAAAAAAUUAUCGUGGCGCAAACAUUCAACGCAUUACUGAUGAUGAUAUCCUAAACGCAUUAUUGGGAUAACAAUCUCUAAAUAUCGUACAAAAAAGUUCAAUUGUAUCAUAAUUUCAAGCAUUUUUCCCUUUAGCAAU